AUGCCACUUCCAAAGAUGUGGGCAAUUCUCCUUCCAAUUCUCCUUCUUCAACUACUCAGUUCCCCCACGGUCAAUGCUGGCCAUCCUGAGUGGGAGCAUGCUCGGUUCAUGCUUCCCGAAUGGUUGUCAGUCAAGCCAGUAGAGCCCUGGAGCCGCCUCUGGCCCGACAAGACCAUCAAGCUGUGCUACGAAAGCGAGGCAACCUGGAGAAAAUAUCAUAACUACUUCCGGAAUGCGAUGAGAUUAUGGUAUGCGGCAGGGCUGCCUGAGGAUUUCAAAGUGAGGGAGGUUGGCGCAGAUGGAUGCCAGAACACGCCAAAUGAACAGUUGCUGGUCAUCGAUACCCCCGAGUUGUUUGCCACAGAUGUUGGCUUUCCCACUCUGUCCUACCUGAACCCGAGCAAUUAUCCGAGGCCUACGAAGCCUGCAAUGUGGGUAUCCUUGUACUACAGGGACUCAGAGUCGUACCGAAUCGCUACCUUUGCUCACGAGCUCGCACACUCAUUUGGGAUGUAUCACGAACACCAAAACCCUUAUUACUGGAUACCGGGGCGCCAAGUGUUCGCCUUCAACUGUGACCAAUUGAAGGAUUUCACAGAAUUGACCCAGGGGAUGUCACAGGAGCAGAUCUGGGGAGACAAUGGUGUCUGCACGAGCUGGAAGGCGGCCCGAGCCGUUGGGUUUCCAAGUUAUGAUUACCUUCCUAUGCCGUUUGAUGAAGUCAUAUCUCCCCAUGGAAUAUGGUCAAACAGAGCCACCGUUGAUUUUGACUCUAUCAUGCUUUACGGUUCUCACCUGGGCGGGCAGUUUGAUUAUUCAGUGGUCAUAAUGUUGGCGGACGGGACAAUUUUCCAAGAGACAGAAGACCCCAGUGUUGAAGAUGUAGAUGGCUUGAAGCUUCUCUAUGGUACUGUGUAUGGAAUUCCAGUAAGGACUCUGUACAACGAUCCCAGGAGCCCUUACUUCUCGACAUUCAGAAUGUACGCCGGCUGUUCGAACUAG